UCCAGACACUGGGGUUUACCAGAGACUUGGGGUUUACUUCGGGGAAUGGAACGACAGUGAAAGUAAACAGAGCUCCGAUAAAAUUCAGUAAACCGUGUUUGUAAAGUGAAAUUAAUUAAGUAACAACCAAGUUACAACAAUGGACGUCACAACAGAGGCGAAGCAGAUUAUGAUCCAGGCUCUUGGUAAAAUGUACAGCUCGCGCACUCAGCGUGGUGGACUCCGGCUGCACCGGAGCCUGUUGCUGACGCUCGUUAUGAAAUCUGCCAGGGACAUAUACCACUCGUCUCGGCUGGCAAGCGAGAGCAUGCGACAGUCUGACAGAACCAGUGUCACGGGGAACACAUCACAAACAGAAGAGCCUAUGGACACAACGAUCUCUACGGUAUCUGAAGUUCCUACUUAUCAGUGCGCGACACAACCUACCGAGGACGGGCAAAGGUCCGGGCACGAGGGUGAUCCACAUCUGCACAGCCCUGCAGGAGUCACGGUGGACAAAGAGAACUGCAGCCCAACCGGACUGGACCGUCACUCUAGAAAGCGACGAAGCAAAACAGCCACAGAGCCUGACUUCCUACCAUGCAAAAAAGCCAAACUGGAGUUUGUGGAGGUCAGAGGAAUUCUUCAGACAUCACAGAAUAAUUCCGCGAACUGUGGUAGAGAGCUGGACUUGUUGUCACUCGUGCCUAUGCCAAGAACAAUUGUCACAUUUUGAAGGGACAGCACUAAAUGGCUCAGUACAAGUAUUGAGCAGUGCGGUCAUGUGGACUUUGCAUACCGCCGAGAGAAACGUGUAUUGUCGCACGUAAAUACCACAGUGUUCCUGUUGUGGUAGAAGGUCAACAGCACUUGACUUAAAGGAGUCCCAAAUCAGUGGAGCAAUGUCAUGACAGCUGAUUACUGAUCAAAGAGCGGGCUGUUUUGGAAACGUGUGACUAAUGGUUCGACUAAUGUUCCUCUGAUUCAGUGCAUAACAACAACACGGUACACCUACCUACCUACGAGGAGUGUAAAUGAGAAAACCUUCAUGACAUUAAAACGAUUUCUAUUUAUUUAUUUACCAAUUAUGCAUUGUUGUUUUACUAUGGUUGGUCCGAAUAGACAUGAUAUAUUAAGAUACAAAAAACAGACAGUAUUUGACAUGAAUCUAUCUACCUCACUUUGUACAAUAAAAGAUUCUCAAACAUUA